CGCGACUCUAUCCACUCGUCGUUAUUGUUCAGGCUGUCGCCGGCUGGGCCGAAUUAGUAUCUCUUUGACAGCCAGUGUCGCGUGCCGAAUUAUCCGUCUGGGAAGGCCAUCUGCCCAUCGCUUCACGCACGUUUUCCUCCCCGCUUCUUCGUCUUGGUUAGCAAAGUUGUUUGGCGUCGAUAUCCGGACGACCGCUUCAUCGAUUCAACCGCAACCCAGGGGCCAGCAGGGCCCUGCCCAAUGACAUCUGGCCCAAACCUCACGCGCUACAGAUUGUUGUUGGGGCCAGCCCAACGUUCCGCCACUGCUGCUGCAAGCAUGACCUGCUGCAGACUGGUGUAACCUUGUUGUCCACAUGCUCUUCUGCCACAUACGUAUUGCACCCGGCACGGUCACCCUUCUUCGACUGCUUGUCGGCGCAGGGGAACGGGGGGUCCAACUCCGCUAGGCUCCGCCCGUCUGUCUGUCGACCAGGGCUCGAGCCAUGGUGGGUAAUGCACCACCCACCCCGUGAGAGCACCACCAUCGCGUCAAGGUCUGGCAGCGGCGAGCACGGCGCGUUCAUGGUGCCGUCGCAGCAUGCUGAGGCGUCGUCGUCGUCGGCGUCUCGCGUUGUGCUCAGCAUCAUGAGUCCGGAUGAGGCCGCCGAUGGCGACGAGGAGAACCAGGUCAAGGAGGAAGAUCCUUUUCUCCAGCGACAGGCAGGUGAUGGGAACGGUCGAGCAGACCUAGAGACGGCAGGCGCAACCCAGCGACGCGCAUCCAAUUCACGUGCCCUACCAAGUCGCCAGCGUCGCUCACAGGGCUUCUGCAAACUAAGCGUCUUCAUCGCCCUCGUCUUCGCCUCGGUCCUUGUCCUUGCCGGUGCCGUCUUACGAUUUCCGCCCAACAACACCGCACCCGCCAACGACUCUGCCACUCAUGCGGACCACAACCACGGUCAUGACGAUGAGGGUCAGGGAAGUCACAACGAGGCGCCCCAACAAGAUAACCAUGACGACGACAAGGCCAAAGUCGUCCACUAUCACGAACGCAUCCCCAGCGUGGCCCAGCUAAGAGAUGUGUCCGAGUAUGUGCUCGAACCUCACUGGGAUUUCGUCGCACCUCCCGUGACCCGCGAGUACCACUGGACGAUACUGGAUGCCAGCCUCAACCCGGAUGGCGUUUUCCGCCCCAUGAUGCUCAUCAACAACCAGUUUCCGGGGCCCCUUGUCGAGUGCAACGACGGGGACACGCUCAUUAUCAAUAUUGUCAACAAAGCCGUCAAUGCCACGUCGAUUCACUUCCACGGCCUGUUCCAGAAUGGAUCCAACGCCAUGGACGGCACCGUUGGCGUCACACAAUGCCCCAUCGCACCCAACUCCAACUUCACCUACAAGUUCAAUGUCAAGGGACAGUCGGGCACAUACUGGUAUCAUGCACACCACAGCGCUCAAGCGUCAGACGGCUUGUUGGGCCCCGUAGUCAUCCACUCCAAGGACGAGCACUCCCUACAAGAGCUGGGGUACGCAACGGAUAGGGUCGUCAUGGUUCAGGACCACUAUCACAACACCACUGCCGAGCUGCUAAUGGAUUACCUGCAGCCGGACAAGGAGAACGACGAGCCGGUCCCGGACAAUGCCCUCAUCAACGGCCGUGGCGUGCGUGACUGCGCCGACUUUCCUGGCUAUCGCUGUGAUAGCAGCAACGCAUCCACGCCGGUCCUCGAUCUCACUGCCGGUGAGCGUCACCGGCUGCGGCUCAUCAAUGUCGGUGCAUUUGCCGAGUUUCAGAUUCAGAUCGACGAGCAUCCAUUCUACAUCACCGAGGUGGACGGCACAGACGUGCACCCUGAGCCAUUUCAUCGUCUCAACAUACUCCCCGCUCAGCGGUACAGCAUCGUCGUCGAGACUAACCUCACGACAGCAGGCGCUUUCUGGUUGAGGGCGAGGAUGGUGGCCCACUGCUUCACGUCUGAUAAUCCUCGCCUCCAGACGGAGGUGCGGGGCAUCGUGCGAUACAUCUCGCCAAAUACUGGGCCGCUCGACGCGGAGCCGAAGAGCAAGAACUGGGAAGACGCCAUCGAGGUGAUCUGCCGCGACCUAAACACCACGGCACUCCACCCCGUCAAGCAUGUCACGCCACCGCCGGCCGAUGACUUCAUUCCUUUGCGUGCCAGCUUCAGGAUCGGGGCGUGGCGACUCUCCCGCGGCUUCUUUAACAGCUCAACGUGGCACGCCAAUGCCACUCAUCCCUCGCUGCACCGCUUCCUUGACGCCCCGUCAGACGUCCAGGCGCUCGGCAUGCCGCUCGGCGUCAACGACCGCGCCUUUGAGCGCGACACAGAGCUAGUCGUGCAGACCACGGGAAUCCGUACCGUGGACAUAUCCAUCAACAACUUCGACGACGGCGCGCACCCCUUCCACCUGCACGGGCACAAGUUCUUCGUCCUCGCCCAGGGCCGCAGCGGCUACCCGCCCGCGGGCAGAGACUUUUCCGCCUACCUCGACGCCCACGGCGGUCUGCCCGAGAACCCUUUGCGCAGGGACACGGUGACGGUUGAGCCCUACGCCUGGGUGGUGAUCCGGGUCGUGCUCGACAACCCGGGGUUCUGGACGCUGCACUGCCACAACACAUGGCACGCCGAGUCCGGCAUGGUAAUGCAGAUGUUGGUCCGAGGUGACGUCGUCAAGGGUUGGAAGAUCGACCCACAGCAGAGGGCCAUGUGCGGGCGCAGGGGCGUGAACUCGGGCAUGCGGCCCGACGACAGCAUCUGGUUCGGGUCAUUUUAGCAAGCGGCAGGGGAGGAGAAAAGUGGCAUGGUGGAUUAACCGUCUCCGAAGGAGAGUUGAGGCUUGAACUUGUCAAAUAGACACACAUGGCGUGGCAUGGCGUUUUGGGCGUAUCUUGGUUUUCUGCUGCUGCUGCUGCUGCUGCUGCUGCUGCUGCCGCUGUCUCCUUUCAUAUAGAUAUCAUACAGCACUGACCACACAAGCGGACAUUCGAAGUUGUAACACGAAUUAUAUUGGAUACCGG